AAUUAAUACACAAUCGUACGGCACAUGACAAUAAUGAUGAGUCAUCACGACUGGCAACGACGUCGUUUGCAUUCUCCAAAGUCAGUUCUGUUGUAUUUUUUUUUCAAAUUCAUUGUAACUCCCGCGCGCACGAACCAAGCCAUGGCAGAUCUCUGUAGAUCUUCGACGUUCUUCUCCGAUCAGAACCUCUGCAACGCAGACAUCAUCGGCUCCUCAGAGGCCAGAGCCAGAAUCGAAGUGGCAGUUCUCAAUUUUCUCAAGAUCUUGAAUUCUCCUUCUCCUGCUAUCUCCGAUCUCCCUCUGAUCAGUAGAAGGUGGAGUAACAGUAGGGUGAAUCGAGGAUUGCUGACUGAGGUUUCUUGCAUUUUCCUCUCGCAUUCCUUUUGUACAAGGUCUUUGAUGAGGCCAAAUGCUGCUAAAGCCUUUGUUAGAGUGUGGAAGGUUGUGGAGAUGUGUUUCCAGAUUCUGGUACAGGAAAAGAGGGUGACUCAGAGGGAGCUCUUCUACAAAUUGCUUUGUAGUUCUCCACAGUAUUUCACUUGUCAGUUACAGGUUAACAGGACAAUCCAAGAUGUUGUGGCCUUGCUUCGGUGCAGUCGAUAUAGUCUGGGGAUCAUGGCAUCUAGCAGAGGAGCUGUAACAGGCCGGCUUUUGUUGCAGGAGCCAAACCAAGAAACUGUGGACUGUUCUGCAUGUGGGUCAUCUGGGCACGCCAUCUCUGGUGACAUGAAUUUAUUAGAGAGGAUGGUUAUGAAGACAGAUGCACGGUAUAUCAUUGUGGUGGAAAAGCAUGCGAUAUUCCAGCGGCUGGCUGAGGAUCGAGUGUUCAAUCAAAUUCCAAGCAUUCUUAUCACGGCCAAAGGCUACCCAGAUAUUGCCACAAGGUUCCUGCUGUACCGAAUGAGCAGAGCUUUCCCUGAUUUGCCCAUUUUGGCACUGGUUGACUGGAAUCCAGCUGGACUGGCUAUACUCUGCACCUUCAAAUUUGGAAGCAUUGGGAUGGGCCUCGAGGCAUACAGAUACGCUUGUAAUGUCAAGUGGCUAGGGCUUCGAGGGGAUGAUUUACAGCUUAUACCUGAAGAAUCCUUGAUUCCAUUGAAGCCACGAGACCUUCAAAUUGCUAAGAGCUUGAAGUCCUCAGAGAUCUUAGAGGAGAACUACAGAAAUGAAUUAGAAGUGAUGGUUCAGAGUGGCAGACGAGCAGAAAUUGAAGCCCUCUACUUCCGUGGAUACAAUUUCUUGGGUAAAUACAUAGCAAAGAAAAUAGUACAAGCCAAUUACGUCUAAUAGAAUUAAUGCAAUUUUCUCUUGGAAGAAAAAUAUAAACUGGGUUUAAAGAAGAUGCUUGAAUUGAAUGGAUAUAGUGUUACAUUUGAAACCAUGCUCUCUCUGAUGCUUCAACCAUCUUAUUUUGCACUGUUCUAAAACAAAAUGCAUAAUAAUCAUUACUGUCAUUAAUAAUACAUGCCUCAACUAAAAAAUCCAACACACUCUGAAUCAUAUAAUCAGUCUAAAAAAAUGUAAAGUGUGAGCAAAAUAAAUGCUUUCUACCCAAUUGAUUUUAACGAAUCCAAUAAUUGCAUUAUAACUGAAACGGAUCCUAAUCCAGUCUCAACUGCAAUGUACACAGAGCGUUGCCGGGCCCUCAAAUUUCUAACAAAAAUUUUCAGCCUCUCUUUGAUGAGAGAGUCACUUCCUUUCCCUUCAAUGAGAACUUCCUACUACCUUCAAGCU